AUGGAGAAAGAGAUUUUAGAAUGGGAUAAUUGGUUUAAAGAGAUAGAGGAUCAAUGUGUAGAUGAUAAAAUACAAAGACUUAACAAAUUGGCAAAUAUUUUGGUAGAAAUGGGAAAAAAAGAAGUAGCAGAGAAUAUUGUAUGGGAGAUUGUUCCUAGAAUGAUAAGUUUUCUUAAGAAGAAAUCGGUAUUAGUAGAGGUUCAAAAGAUUCUUAAGAUUUGUACAGAAAUUGGGAAUGCUAAGGAAUUGUUUCUUAUGUAUAUUGAAGGGAUACGUUCAAUUAAAGAUGAUAUAGAUGUAAAAAAACAUGAAAAGAAGGUUAAUAUUAAAAAGCAAGAAGAAGAAGAAGAAGAAGAUAGUUAUAUAAGUCAAAUGAGAAUACUUUAUGAAUGUCUUGAAACAGUUUUGUUAAAAAUCAAGACAAAACAUUUAUCUAAAUUUAUUAUGGAUUAUUCUUAUGCUUUUAUAUCAUCUAUUUAUGUUCUUUAUAAAUACAAGAUAAAUAAUAAGGAAUUAUAUGAUAUUGUUAUUAAAUUUGCAAAACAAAGAGUAUUAGGACUUAGUCAAUUGUCCAAUGAUUAUGAUGAAGAAAAAGAUAAACAACGAAAAAUUUUACAUAGUUUUAUAAUUCGAAUUUUUGAGCUUUUCUUUAAGGAAAAAAGUAAUCAAUGGAGCUUACGGUAUUAUAGACAGAUCAAUCCAUAUAAAAUAUCAUUUCAAAAAAACGAAUAUGAUAUUGAUUUUGAUGGUAUGGUAAACUCUUUAAAAAACAUUGCUGUUGAUACUAAUUUCAAUUUUACAAUAUCAUGGAAAUUAGGAAAAAUUCUUGAAACAAAAGGCAAUUCUAUAGAAUAUCAAUCAAUUAGUUUGUUUUCUAGCAAUUCUAUACCAUCAUAUGGUUUUUUAUUUUUACUUGGUGCUUAUAUUUUUGAAGAUCUAUAUGAUAUACAAGAUAAUACAAUUUCUAAAUUUUUUGAUCAUAUGAAGACGACAAUUAUAUCUUUAAAUCGUGGACCAAUUAUCUCAUCAUUAAUAGAUACUAACUUAUUUCUGGGUUUAUGUAUUUUGAAUAAUUUACAAAAUAUUUCAACAAUUAAUCAAGAAGACUUUUUAGAAUAUACAAAGGUACUUUCUUUAAUUUCAUCAUCAUUAGAAGAUUCAUCUUUAAGAUUUUUAUCAUAUACUUUAAUAUAUCAGAGCUUAAUACGACAUUCACAAGAUACAACAAUAAUGUAUAUCAACGAUAUAUUGGAUACUUCUCCUUUCAAAAAUGUAAAAACUGUGGUUAUUAAUAUACUUAAAGACGAGAUACAAAGGCACUGGGAUGAUUCUUCGUCACCCUUCAUAUCUUCUGUUUACAAUUCUUUACUCAUAAAAAUAUUUCGUCCAAAUUCAUCAAAUCAGUUUAAUUGUAUUGAAACAUUUCUUCAAAAUUUUAAUUUUAUAAUGCAAGCACUUAACUUGUACAUUUUUUUAUUGAAAAAGCCUGGGGAUGACAAAACUGGUACAAAAUCAAAAACAAAUAUUUUGGAAACUAAAAAAUACUGGAUCGAUCCUCUUAUGUACAUUACUAUUUAUACAAUAACUCAAUUAACCCAGCUCGGAUCAUUAAGCCAUUCUAAAGAAGGACUAAAUAGCGAGAUUUUAAAUAAACUUUUCUUAUUAAAAUAUACACUGGAUCAAAUUCAAGAAAUAACAAAACAUUUAUUGAUUUCUAAAAGUACAGGCUAA